AUGGGGACAAAUUCAAUACGAAAUGAAUCAAAUGCCAUGUAUACGAGAUGGAAGCUGGACGGGACUGUUUGGGAUGAAGAAGAAUAUAUGGAUGUAGACGAUAUUAUCGCUUCGCAAGCGAAUGUUCAAUGCCUUUUAAGACCUCAAAUUGCUAAAGGUAUGUUUUUUGAUAUUAUUUUUGCGCUUUUAGGUUGGUUUUCGAGGAAAAUGAGGAGGUUGUCGUAUUAUUUAUGAUAUCUGUAUAGUGUAAGAUAGUUUUUGAUGUUUUGAAGUUCUUGAUUAUAAAAUUAAUCUGGAAAGUGUUUCAAAAGUUACAAAAGUUCAUAGAGAAGCUUCCUGUGAAUUUUGGCAUAUACAAAUUUACUAUUUGUGAAGUUAUAGCCAAUUUUAUAUUAUCUAUGAUACCUAUUUCGAGUAAUAUGUUUUUUGAUCUUUUAUUGCCUAUAGUUAGGUAAAACAGCUAUUUUAAAAGAUGAAGAAGGUGCUAAUAAAUAUAAUAAGUACAUUUACUUAAUAAGAAAAUAAGUGUUCGAUCAGUUUCAAAGGGAUUUUAUAUUACAUACCAUAUCUGUCUAGUAUAACAUAAUUUUUUAAUCCUAUUUCUACUUAACCCUUUUUCAAAUGUAUUCUUAAUGAUGUAGAAUAAUAUACUAAACCCUAAAAACAAUUUCAGAAGUCCUCCCCUACGCUCAACUCCAUUCAUCGACCACAAUUCCACCUCGAGGUAUCAAGGGUAAUAUUGGUGUUUGGCUGUUGAAGAACCUAAUGUACGGCGAGUUGAUAGUCCCAUCUACGUACACGUCGGCAGCACGACAAAUUCUUCAUGCUGGGGCGUGGGUAUUAAAUUUCGACACUGAUAAGCGGUAUUUCUACGAGUUGGGCAUUAAUUUAGCCGAAGUUUUGAACAAUGAUGACCGUUGUAAGCCCGGUAAGUUGAUUAAUUUUUGGUGUAUUGUUUUGAAAUUUAAGUAAAAGACAGCCAAGUCUGUGUUUAAUGAUUGGCAUGAGACGGUCAAACGUAUUUUACCUUCAAACGUUUUAAAUUUUGUAAAAUACGAAUGUUGAUCUUUUGAUAGCAUGGGUAAUAUAAAAUCGCUAUAACUUAGCCAAUUCGACCAAGUUUUAAAAAAUUACUACACAGUAGAUUAACAUGAACCUUCUCUAUCUUUUAAAAUGCGUUUUCGUCUGGGUUUGCAUUCCACUUCAUCGAAAAUGAUCUUACACUAGACAGGUUUCAUGGAUAAUAUAAAACUUGCUGUAACUUUAUAAAUCCUUCCAAUUUAUGACGUUUUACAACUCAGUAUGAAUCUUCUCUUUCUUAUAAAACAAUUUUCAGCCUGAUUUCUAAUUUAAAUUCAUUAAAAACGACCUUACACUACCUAAACCUCAUGAAUAACAUAAAUAUUUCAGCGCAAGAGAUGAUAAAGAUGUUGAGAGACACGUACAUGGCUCGGCAAGGCAAGAUCUACCCCCUAACUAUCGAUAAAGAAAGUAGGCCUACUAAAAUGAGCCAGCUUGAGGCUAGACUCUUCUUCAAAGGACAAUAUUCCGAGGCUAGGAUGAAAGAAUGGUGGAUUGGCGUGGCGAAAGAGAAGAGAACCACCAAAAAACGCUUCAAACGAUAA